GACUCUGUGUUUGUGAAUGUGAAAAUGUGAGUGUGUGUCUGUGUGAGUGUGUGCGCGCGCGCUUUUCUGAACCAGGGACCCAACUUGACAAAAAAAGAAGAAGAAAAUAGCACGAGCUCGUUCCGCUGCGCUGUUCGACUGCGGAAAAACUAACACCACGGGGCGGAGGUAUUCAGUUACUGCUAUUACCCCACCGCUACGGUGUAGGCAAAGCGACGACAUGAACCAUCAUUCUAAAUCUGAAGAAGAGCGCGCCUUGAGCUCAAAUAACAAGAUGUCGCUUCAGAAACAUGACCCCAGGGAUCACAAGAACAGAGUCCCUGACGGUCGGCUUCCGCGUGUGAGGCAGGGUAGCACCAUCAGCAAAGGAACGCCGACCACGUCGGGGCAUUCAUCAAUCAGCAGCCGCAGGGAAUCUCUGUGGGAUACAGUGAGAGAGAGGGCAGAGGCAGCAUCGUCCUCCCAAGCUGCAUUCGAGGACACAACCCGAUGUCGAUGUCCCUCGGAAGCAUCGCAUCCUUCCUAUCAGCCCCAUGUCCGAAGUCCGGAAAAUGAGCCGCCGCGCAACAGAGGCACGAGCCUUGCCAUCAUAUUUCUCGUGAUCGUCACCAUCCUUGCACUUCUCUAUUACGUUCUGCGCACUUCGGAUUCAGAGCACAUCACCGUCGAAGCCAAGUGGAGUUCCUACAGAGGUCUGAAAAGCGAGUUCGAAGGCAAGCAGGUGUUCACCUUCCUGGGCAUUCCUUACGGGGCCGACACGUCCGGCUCACAGCGAUUCCGGGAACCACAUAUCGUUAGCCCUCCCGAAGCCCUCUCGCUCGACGUAACGAAACAGCAGCCAUCCUGUAUUCAGGCCCGGCUCCGCACCACACGAUGGUCAAGCGACGAGCAGCAGUAUCCAACAUCAGAAGACUGCCUGCGCCUGAACGUCUGGACGCCUUCCAUGGCAACUCCUAUGCACACUCCGAAGACAGUUCUGGUGUUUCUGUACAGCAUCGACUUCAAGUGGGGCUCCAAUCGCGACUACGACGCCACGCCGCUUAGUGUACUUGGAGACAUUGUUGUGGUGAUUCCAAACUACAGGCUGCAUGCUCUAGGGUACCUAGGUAACGGCUCCGGCGAUGCUCCAGGGAACAUGGCACUUUACGAUCAGCUCCUGGCACUACGUUGGGUUCGAGAGAACAUCGCGUCCUUCGGUGGAAACGCAUCAUCCAUCGUGCUACACGGUUACGAGUCCGGGGCAGUGUCCAUCGGUUACCACAUGUUGUCGCCUAUGGACAACUGGGUGAAGAACUUCCCCAGGCUUAUCUUACAAAGUGGAUCGCCGUAUCAACUAUUGAAGGCGAAUACGCCUGUGUCGAAAGUUCUGUACGCCAUGGGCUGCACACGCGGUGGUUGGGAAUGCCUCCGAGGAAUCAGCGCAGAACGCUUCGCCACAGAGGGUUUCUACCACAGUUUCGACUACAGGCCGGCCUCUGAGAGCAACUAUCUUCCAGUGCACCCUCAGCAGCUUCUAGAGAAUUCUCCAAUAAAGAAUAAACAGGUUCUGCUGGGCAAUGUCCUUGAUGAAGGGAGCUUCCUACUAGAGGUUCACAAGCUUGGGAUGAAUGGCGGUGUGGACAUGCAAGCAGAGGCUAUGAUAACUGUGCACGUCAAGAACCAAGUGCGAGCGGCGGGAAUCCUGUCUUUUGACUCCAUUCGACAGCGAUACGUCAAUGAGACUACCUGGGUCACCGACAUCGGAAAUGCCGCCGCCAAAGAAAUUUUUGGCGACGUAUUUUUCAACUGUCCCGUGCAGUAUCUAGCAGAACACCUAGCGGAGCAUGGUAGCACUACGUACAAGUACGUGUGGGCCCAUAAACCAUCCUUUGGUCCUUGGGCGCGGGAAGAUUUCGGGCCAACUCAAUACGACGACUUGGGCUUUGUGUUCGGCAGGCCUUUGCUCUAUGCCACCGAUUCGACGGCCGAAGAGGCAGAACUGAGUCGACGCACCAUCAACCUUGUCAGUGACUUCGCUAAGACCGGCUAUUCACAAAGUGGAAUGAGGGAUGCCGCAUAUGACUUGGACAAGUUUUCGCAAAGUUUGUGUAGAAUUCAAUCAGAUCAAGGUUCCAGACCGUCACACUGGCUAAAUAGACAUCUGGUGGCAUGGAUGCUGCCGCCGGGCUGUGUCGUCUAGGGCUGGGCUACUGGGGUUGAUUCGUUUGUGAAAGAAGGCUUCUUGGUAACUACAAGGGACUGUGACCAUUUCUCUGUGAGGCGUUCAACGAGUGCCUAAACCGGCGGCCAUGGAACGGGUUAUGU